AUGCCAAGUAAAAAACGCAAAGAUCAUGAGAAUAAUCUAACAAAACCAUUACAGAACGGUGGCGACUCACAUCAUAAUCAAAAUCGACAAACAAACGGCCAUAUUACAGCAUCUAAAGAAGAUCAAAACGUUUCUUAUUAUCCAACGUCUAACGAUAAAAGUCAAACACAAACACGUCGACGUCCACAUUUUGAACGACAACAACAACAUAUCUCGAAAACAUCACCAGUUGAUUCUAACAGCCAACCAUCAUAUCACAAACAUUCACCUUCUUCUACUUUAUCUAAAAGUGAAAAAUCAAAACAUCCAAAAGGUGAUAAUAAUUCAGCAUCUUCUACGUCGUUGCCAUCGAAACAAAUAUUAUUAACAAAGGAAAAAACCCCAAAAUCCCAAAAAGAAAUGUUACGUCAUGAAUUAUCAAAACUCGUUUUAUGGCGUCGACCAAUUUUAACCGUACAGUAUUUUGUUUAUGAGCUGUUUUAUUUGAUACGUCAUUAUUUAACAAAAUUUAUAUCAUUUCGAAAAACAUUAGCAUUUUCAAUUUUUUUGUGUUUUAUUUUAAUCUCAAUUUAUCAUACAGAAGGUCGACAUAAAAAAACAAUUGAUCAAAUUGAAACAAUAUUGUUAUGGUCAUUAUAUUGGCUAGGAUUAGGUGUGAUGUCAUCCGUGGGUCUCGGGACGGGUUUGCAUACAUUUCUCCUUUAUUUGGGUCCAUUUGUUGCUCAAGUGACGAUAGCCGCCUAUGAAUGUGGGUCAAUCAAAUUUCCAAAACCACCAUAUCCAAACGAAAUUGUUUGUCCAACAACAACAAUAGCACCACAAACCACAACACUAGAAACAUCAACUGUAUCUUCAUCAAUUACAAAUGAUACAUUAGCAACAGAUUUAGCAGCAUUAUUACUUGACACAUCAUCAACCUUAAUGAAUGGACCCAUAUCAUUUUGGAAAAUAUUGUGGAAAGUGAAAUUGGAAGCGUUUCUAUGGGGUCUAGGCACUGCACUUGGUGAACUACCACCAUAUUUUGUUGCACGUACUGCUCGCGCACAUAAUUUAGAUACAGAUGAUAAUACUGAACUAUUAGGAUUUGACGAAUUAUUAUUGAAUGCCGAAUUAAAUCCUUCUCGAAAUUUAUCUCUAUUUGAACGUAUGCGCUAUACUAUAUUUCGUCUUAUUAAACGAAUUGGUUUUUGGGGAAUAUUGUUGUGUGCAAGUAUACCAAAUCCAUUAUUUGAUUUAGCUGGACUAACAUGUGGCUAUUUUUCGAUACCAUUUUGGACAUUUUUUACGGCUACAGUACUUGGUAAAGCUUUAAUUAAAAUGUCAAUACAAACAAUAUUUGUUAUAUUUUUGUUUUCUGAACAUCAUAUGGAACAUAUUAUAAAAAUAAUGAAGCAAAUCCCGUAUUAUGGACGUUCGUUACAAGCUCCAUUCAAAGAAUGGUUAAUUGUGCAAAAGAAAAAAAUGCAUCGAAAAUUGGGAGAACCUGCUAGUAUUUCCAAAGCGUCUUUAUUAUCCCGAAUAUUUGAUGUGGUAGUUAUUGUUAUGGUGUGCUUUUUUAUUGUGUCUAUCAUUAAUUCAUUAGCACAAAGAUAUUAUAAACGAACAAGAUCUUAUUUGAAAACUAUGUAA